AUGGCCGAGGUAUGUAUGGAGAAUUACGACCCAAAGUUCUCCUCGAUUGCAAUACCAGGAGAUAUUUUGGUGUCUGGCUUCAACUUUGGGUGUGGGAGCUCUCGCGAACAAACCAGCUAUUUCAUCCUGGCCAGAAAUAUCCCUUUGGUAGUUGCCGGCUCCUUUGGAAACAUCUUUUCGCGAAACAGCAUCAACAACGGCUUGAUGGGCCUCGUGGUACCCAAGCUCAUCCGACGACUACAGUCUCGAUUCACCUCCGGCGGCGGUGACACAGCCACAAGAAAAGCAAUUGUCACGUCGCACCGGAUGGACAUUAGUCUGGAUGUGAAGAAAUCUCAGAUCGAGGUAUUGACGGGAGGUGCCGGCGGGAAAAGAUGGAUCGAAAAGGUCGGAGAGCUGCCUCCAAAUGUACAAGAGAUCAUCGCCAACGGGGGUCUAGGAAAGUGGGUGCAGACGAAGAUUGCUGUUGCAUGA